GGCUGCAGCACCCACAGCGCCAAAAUUCAAAAACGCUUCUGAAUCAACCAGACGGGGCAUGCAAAUAACACUAAAUGGAAAAAUACCACAGAUAUCAUUGAUUAUUUGAUCCAGUGCUGACCAUGAACACCGUGUUUAAACUUCUAGUAGGAGUCCAGCCAAGCGGAAUUGCCUGAAACAUCAGAGUAAUAUGAAGAAUACUAGUGUACACCAGGCAGAGUUUUCAGUGAUUUGACGACCAUGAGACGGAGCCCAAGGAGACCCCUGAUCCUCAGAAGGAAGCUGCCUUUCCAGCAGAAUGAUCCACCAGCAGCUCAAACGCAAAGCAAAUCUGGUGCACCAGAUUCCAGAAAGCCUCCAGAGUCAGCUGCCAGUCAGUGUUUCCCUGAUGGUAUCCGCAUUCUGGACCACCCUUCCAUGUCUGAUACGCAGGUGGUUGUCAUUCCCAAAACUGCAGACCUUCAAAGUGUUAUAGGGGCCCUCACCGCCAAAGGCAAAGAGUCUGGUGUCCAGGGACCAAACAAGUUCAUCCUUCUCAGCGGGAAUGGCAGCUAUGACGAUGGAUCUUUUUGUCAGGCUGCUGCUGAAGCGGAUGCCGCCUCUACAAGCAGUACGCUUGUUCAGCCAGUGAAAGCAGAAAUACACUCUCCAGAUGCUAAACCUCUCACUGGAACUAAAACAUUGAAUAAGGAUCCGGACUGUGGUCCUUUAGAUGACAGCCUCACCAAUAUUCAGUGGCUCGGCAAAAUGAGUACAUGUGCCUUGGAACCAGAUCCUGCCAAGCAGAUGGCCAGCAAGGAGAACCAAAACUCAAAUUCACAGGCUGUUCAGGGACAGAACUCACAAAACGAUGCAGAAGCUGUUCAGAAACCCUUGUCAGAGAGGCCACCAUACUCCUACAUGGCCAUGAUCCAGUUUGCCAUCAACAGCCGGAAGAACAGGAGGAUGACGCUGAAAGAGAUUUACACGUGGAUUGAGGACCACUUCCCUUACUUCAGAAAGGUGGCCAAACCAGGAUGGAAGAAUUCCAUCCGCCAUAACCUCUCUCUGCACGACAUGUUCAUUCGUGAGACGUCACCAGACGGUAAAAUCUCUUUCUGGACUAUCCGCCCCGAGGCCAAUCGGUGCCUCACCCUUGAUCAGGUUUACAUGCCUGACUGUGACCCAAUGACUGCUCCUGUUCCAGUGCCAAUGCUCUUACUUCCCAACCAACAGCAAAAGAGGAUACCCUCCGAUCCGAGAAAAACACCAUCUGGCUCUGAGAGACGGAUGAAACCUCUUCUCCCUCGAACCGAUUCCUACUUGGUGCCCAUCCAGCUCCCUGUCACCUCCUCCGUCUACCUGCCGUCCUCAACAGCCCAGUUUCCCCCCUCCUCCUCGCAGCAGAAGCAGAACACUUCACGGGGAACCAAGAGAGUGCGGAUCGCCCCUAAGGUGCCACAAAGUGACGUCCCAGCCCUGGUGAUGUAUCCUCAGGAGACCCAGGACCUCAAGGUGAAAGUGAAGGACGAGUGCAUGCCAAUUAAAUGCGAGACUCCUAAAUCGUUUCCGAAGAGACAAGCCAGCAGCUCUCGACGUAAACAGCGCCUGGUUCACUCUCGGCAAGAGGAGCCCGUCCUCCUCUACCCUGAUAAUACUUUCUUUGACUCUGGCGUAGCCUCCGAUGCUUCAACUUUCCAGGACAUGCGAGAUAUGGAGCUGGACGAGCACCGGCAUGAGCAGCACAGCCCAGAUCAGGUGUUCUCCUUCAAGACCCCCAUAAAAAGCAGCAGCCACCUGACCUCUUCCACGCCAAGCAAACCCCCCUCUAAUGUCUUACCCGAGCUUUGGAAAGUGACCCCUGUUGGCAAAGGGGGCCAAAACCAUCUGGACUUCAGUCCCAUUCGCACGCCAGGUGGUCCUGCAGUCACGCCGCGGCAUGACUACACCACCUUCAGUUUCAACAGCACUCCCUUCAAAGAAUGGCCUCUGUUUAGCUCCCCCAGAGAGCUACUCACAUCUGCCCCCACCAGAGCAGCCGGACCAACAGACUCUCCCAGCGAAUGCACCAGAGGCAGUUGCUCCAGAGGGCUGCUUCAGGCUGGGGGCACAACACCAGCUAACCGCUCGAUCACAGAAGGCCUCGUGCUGGAUACAAUGAAUGACAGCCUUAGCAAGAUACUUGUGGACAUUAGCUUCUCUGGUCUGGAUGACGAGGACUUGGGUACAGCCAAUAUCAGCUGGUCCGAGUUCAUCCCUUAAUGGAAGUAGACUGACGUCCAAAACACAUUGCUUUUUAUUCAACAUGGAUGUGUCAUCGGUUUUCCUAAACACUAUGGGUGGGGCAACCCUGCGGAGAAACAGCAAAGCAGAUUCAAAUGUAGGACAAAUUACCAAAACUUUCAAAUGAAUUAAUAAAUAAACCGUACAUCAAAAUUUGAGGAACCU